AUGAUCGCGUCGCAAGCCCUCACCGUCUUCUCGCCGGAUGGGCACCUCUUCCAAGUCGAAUAUGCAAUGGAGGCAGUAAAGAGGGGAACCUGUGCUGUCGGCGUACGCGGCAAGGACGUCGUGGUCCUCGGCGUGGAAAAGAAAUCAGUCCUCCAGCUCCAAGAUCCACGAACAGUUCGUAAAGUAGUCAUGAUUGACGACCACAUCUGCCUCGCAUUCGCAGGAUUGACCGCAGACGGACGUGUACUCAUCGAUAAAGCACGUGUAGAAUGCCAGAGCCAUCGAUUGACCGUCGAGGACCCGUCGUAUACACAAUCUGGUGGUGUUCGGCCGUUUGGCAUUUCGACCCUCAUCGCCGGCUUUGACCCUCAUGAUCCUCGGCCACGUCUAUUCUGCACCGAUCCGAGUGGAAUUCACAACGCAUGGAAGGCAAACGCCAUUGGCCGAUCCUCCAAAACAGUCCGAGAAUUCUUGGAAAAGAACCACAAGGACAAUCUAGAUCGCGAAGCAACCAUCAAACUCACCGUCAAAUCACUACUAGAAGUCGUCCAGACGGGAGCAAAGAACAUUGAGAUUACGGUCAUGGAAAAAUAUGGCGUCCAGACGAGCCUAGCCCUCUCAGAGAUUGAAGCCAUUGUCGCGGAGAUUGAGAGGGAAAAGGAACAAGAAGCAGAGAGGAAACGAGGACGGCACGCUGCGACGGCUGCCAGUCAGGCGCUCAUGGCGCAGGCUUUGGGUGCGACAAGUCAAGGUGCAAGUGGCACCGCGACACCCGAUACGUAG